GUCGGUCCCCGACAGCGGGACCGGGCAGCUGGCGCCCCGACGGCAUGCCGGAGAAGCGGCUCUCGGCCGAUCCGCCAAAUAUUACAGAAGAAGAAUUUGAAAAUUUUUUGGCAACAGAUGGCUUCCUUGUGGAUUACUUUAAUGAGUUCUUAAGUCUUCCAACCUUCUCAGAGGCGAUUAGAUUUAAUGUGGACUAUGGAGUUUUUGAAGUGAUCAACAAUGCACCACAGCUUCUGGAAAAGCAACUGAAAAGAAUUCUGCAAAAUCAGCAACCACGAAAUCCCAUCUAUGAUGUCAUAAGGAAAGGAAAAAGUGAUGCCAAACCUUUCCAAAAGAGUGUCCCCAGGGAAGACGAGACCAUUAGUGUCAGCUACACCAUCAUGUGCCUCAACCGCGAACAAGGUAUUAAGUGGAUCAAAAGGAAGAGACUUCCGGCAUUUCUGGAAAGUGAUUGCUACUUUGAAUACAGGUUAGCCAAACUGAUCUCGCAAGCAACAUGGAGCAGUACAGGCAUGAACUUCAUAGUGGGAACAAGCUUCUCACCCUGGAUCCUGAGAAAACCGCCCACUCCACCUCCGCCUACCGACGAAGAGGACAAUCUCACGAUUAUGAAAAAGUUCUACAUUUCUCUUGGCCAGGCCUCUUAUACUCAAACGAAAGAUUGGUUUACUCUAGCAAAGCAAUGCCAGCAAACAGUAACGACCUUUUCGCUGCCCUGCUAUGUACCCCACCACAAAAUUGCAUCACCAACUCUUUCUUCUGUGUCUGAGAAUUUAAUCUUCGAUGAUGGAGUUCACCCCAGGACAAUAAAGAGCCCAAUUAAAGCCACUGAAAUAAUUCCUGAGAUGGAAGAAGAAGAAGAAGGGUCCAUAUCAAUAAAAGAUACACCUUCCCAAGCUCUUCUGAGAAUAUACCUUGAAAGGAAAGAUGAACAGGGCAGGCACAUGACCGUGCAUUUCUCAUCAUUUGAAGAAUUUCUCAACUCCUAUAUCGUCUUCAUCCUGAUAGAAGCCAUCAAACACAUCACAGGCCAGUCCUUCAGCGGCACCCCCGGCUACAUCAACUUCUACAGCGUAACCCAGGUGGUGUUUGAUAAAGUGGAGCCCACAUCCCGCAAGAAGACGGUAAACUCACCCCAGCCUGAAGCAACAAAGGAAAUCUCAGAAGAGAAACUGGAAAAAGUAAGCUUAAGUUCAAAGAGCGAGAGCGUGGGGCCGGAGGGCAGGGCCGACUGGUGUAUACCUCACAGAACUUAUGACAUUGGCAACAGAAGGGAAUUUGAAAGAUUUAAGAAGUUUCUAAAGGGAACAUUGGGAGAAAAAUACUGGUGGCUGUGGAUGGACAUAGAGAGACUGAAAGUUCUUAAGGACCCUGGGAGACAUCAAAGACAUCUUGAGAAAAUGAAGAAGUGCUACCUUGUGAGCAGCGGGGAGCGCUUCCUUUCCAGAGAAAUUCUCUCCAAGUUUAAGCUGCUCCACGGGUCCCGGUGGACAGAAGAACAUUUGAGAAACAUUCAGGUCGAGGUCAUCAAACCCCUGCUUUUGUAUUGGGCACCAAGAUUUUGUGUAACUCAUUCAUUAUCAACAAAAAAUGCUAGUGCGGAACUGAAAUUCUGGCGCCUCCGCCAAGAAAAACCCAGGAAGGAUGUUGACCCUUUCCCACAGAUGGCAACCCUCCUGCCGUUAAGACCAAAGUCUUGCAUUCCCCAGGUCCCCAAGGUCCAGGGAGAAGAAAUCAGUUUAUUGCAACGAUCUAAAUCACCUAAGAAAUUAUCAAAAGUAAGCACAGGGUCUCAGAAGCCUGGGAGGAGCGAGUCCUUGCACCCCGUUCCUUCCAAGGAUGACAGGCUUGAGAAAGAGUCCAAGUGGCUACCAGAGGGUACCUCGGUCGUUCGUUUGACAUCUUUCACUGACAUCUCUGAGUGUCUGAAGCCCCAGCUCGACACAAAGUAUACUUAUACAGAAGAGCUCAAUGUUAAAACUGCCUCCGACGCUGGAGCUUUAGGAGGGUUUGACAUGGAGAACUUGCUACAGUCUUUAUAUGUGGAAAACAGAGCUGGAUUCUUCUUCACUAAAUUCUGCGAAGGUUCAGGGAACGAGCUGUGGAAGCACAGUGUGUACUUUUGGUUUGACCUACAGGCUUAUCAUCAGCUGUUCUACCAAGACACACUUCAGCCUUUCAAAGUGUGCAAGCAAGCCCAAUAUCUUUUCGCCACUUACAUUGCUCCGUCAGCCACUCUGGACAUUGGGCUGCAACAGGAAGAGAAGAAAGACAUUUACAUGAGAAUCCAGCCACCGUUUGAGGACCUCUUUGACACAGCCGAGGAGUACAUCCUCCUCAUCCUUCUGGAGCCCUGGACACAGAUGGUGAUGUCAGACCAAGUGGCUUACAGAAAGGUGAAACUACAAGAAGAGACUCGGCAGCUAGACUCCGCCUACUUCAGGAAGCUGCAGGCUUUGCAUAAGGACACAGUUUCCAAGAAGGCUGAGGACACUGCCGGACCUGCAGCUGGCAAGCUGUCGCUGUCUGACGUCUCCAAACAAACCGAGUAUUGGAGCAAUGUCCCUGAGGAGUACCAGCAGUUCACCUUCAGUGAUCUGCUUAACAACAAACUGGAAUUCGAACAUUUCCGCCAGUUUCUAGAAUCUCAUUCAUCAAGCAUCGACCUUGCAUGUUGGACAGACAUCGAACAGUUCCGAAGGAUGCUUUUUAAGGACCAGAAGCAAAGGGAGGCAAAGUCUAUAGACAUUAAGAACAAAUAUCUUAAUAAAAAGUAUUUCUUCGGCCCCAGCAGCCCAGCUUCUCUGUAUCAGCAGGACCAGAUAAUGCUGAUGAGUGGCGGCUGGGGGAGGAUCCUUCACGAGCAGCUUGACCCAUCUGUGCUGGUGGAAAUCCAGAAACACGUCCUGAAUAGGCUGGAAAAUGUGUGGCUGCCAUUGUUCCUCUCAAGCGAACAGUUUGCGUCCCGUCAGAAGAUAAAGAUACGGAUGAAAGACAUAGCGGAUGAGCUUUUACUGCAGAAGCAUGACAGGAAAAUUGGAGUUUGGAAGCCUGUGGCAAGUAAGUGGAUAUCUUCAUCCUGUGAGAUUAUUGCUUUCCGUAAAGCAUUAUUGAAUCCAGUCAUUGCAAGGCAAUUUCAACGAUUUGUGGCCCUGAAAGGAGAUUUAUUGGAAAAUGGAGUACUUUUUUGGCAAGAAGUACAAAAGUUUAAGGAUUUGUGCCACUCACAUUGUAGUGAGGCCAUCAUCCAGAAGAAGAUCACAACCAUCAUCAACUGCUUCAUCAACUCCUGCAUCCCCCCAGCUCUGCAGAUUGAUAUUCCAGUUGAGCAGGCCCAGAAGAUAAUUGAACACAGGAAGGAGUUGGGACCGUACGUGUUCCGAGAGGCACAGAUGACAAUUUUUGGGGUUCUGUUUAAGUUUUGGCCACAGUUUUGUGAGUUUAGGAAGAAUUUAACAGAUGAAAAAAUUAUGAGUGUUUUAGAGAGAAGACAAGAACAUAAACAGAAAAAGAAAAUGUCAGAGUCAGAUGAAGACAAGAUGGGAAAGGCUGGACUCAAGCAGUAUUCAAGCACUACAGGCUCCCUAAACAAAGCGCCUUUAGCCAGCGAGUCCCUGCUGGGCCUGCAAGCCUAUGGCCGGCAGGUCUAUCUGAAAUGGAUGAGACUCAGGUACGCACAUGAGGACAUGAUCGGCUUGACCUGUUGGGAGCACAUCACAAGCUUCAGCGAGGGAUGCAGACACAAAGGUUUCGUCCUGAGCUCUGUCCGCAUCAAUAUUACUCUGCUGCCUGAAACGAGACAUAGAAUCCCCUCUGAUCAAAGAGAGAAGGGUGAUGCCAACCUGGUGCUAUUCAAAGUACAUAGAAGCCUUGGAACAAGAGCGGAUUCUUCUGAAAAUUCAAGAAGAAAUGGAAAAGAAAAUGUUCACAGGGUAGCAACAUUCAAGCUGCCGUUCGCAUUCUGCUCCUGAGAGGUGCAAGGGUUUCUUUAAGCCAACUUUAACUAACACUGAAUAUCCAAGAAGCUGAAUGUCCAAGCUUUUGAAUAGUCUGCAUGACUAGAAUACUAUCUACUACCUAGACUAGAAGAAUUAAAAUUGUUUGCCGAUCACAGUCCCUAAGGAAAAAGCAGCAUUAUUCCCCUUGUGCAAUCUUUCAACAAAUGUUCCUUGCAGGCUACUCUAGUUAGCAGAUCUGCUCACUGGUGACUAGGGUGUGAGUGACUAUACCUGGUAUAACUAACCCAGGCAAUAGAAGAGCCUUCCCCCUGCGUUCCCAGCUGGGAGGAGACUGCUGAAGCAACGGUUUCUCCAGCGCAGUGUGCACACGACUGUGACGUAGGCUAGCAUCUCCAGCUCCAGGGGCCGCUCCCUGCAAACCUUCCAGUCACUCAUGGGAGACACCACUGUUCAUCUAAACAUUUAAUACAGUGAUGUGCAGCUUAGUGUGAACCGUCUACGUGACAGUGGCACAGCCUAUAGCCACCCAACAGCGUCCCUCGCCCCGCAAGCAUGAGCAGGGGGACUGUCUGGAUUGCCGAUUGGGUGGAUGGCUCGCCUUUCCUGUGGGUUAGGCCUGGAGCUGAACCAGGCAGAGGCUGGGGGAGCCAGUGGGUGGGAAGAUGGAUCCAGUCGCUUCUAUUGGUUCUGCAUUGUGGAUGUGAUGUGAUUAGCACCUGAGUUCCUGCCUGGACUUCCCCCUACAUGAAGGGGUAACCUGAGAUUGUAAGCCAAACCCUUUCAUCUCUAAGUCAGUUUCUUGCAUUUAAUAUAGUGAUACUAUAUUAUAGACAGCUUUAACGGUCUUUAAAUCUGACUUGAGUGUAUACAGAUGACUAAAUAAAUCCUAAUAGUGCUAUCUUUGGGCAUUUGA